AUGGACGCAUUUGUGACAAGGCUUCCAAAGCCGCAGAGUCAACUCCGAGGUCAAAUUCGACCUGACUCCCCUGACAAGGAGAGACCUUUAAAGCGAGCUAAACGGCAGGGAUCACCAGGUUCCGACAGUGAUCAUUCGCAUGAUUCUAGAAACGAGACGUCACCAGCCAAAAGAAUCCAACGUAAUGAGUCAAAUAAAAAUGAACAACAAGACGAGGGACACUCUAGGCCCACGGACAUCGAAAGCGCAUUACCGCCUACAGCUGAAGGCAAAGAGGCCAUCGAAGAGUACGAGGCGAUGAAGUCAUCGCAACCGGCAGCUGAAGAAGAUGACGAUGACAAUGGCGCACCAGAAAAGCCGAAGCCUCUCUGGGUUAAAGGCCAAAGUUCUAUAUACGUGGAUGCCUUCAACCUUGCUCUCGAUACCGUUUUAGAAGAAGAGUCUCAUCUGUUUGAUGAAAAAGAAAAUGACGUCUUUAAACAAUGGAGAGCUCUAGAGUACGAGGCUCAAUAUCUAUAUGUUCGAUUGUUUCUCAGAAAAGCUGCAUGGUGGCAUCGCCAUAACCGUCUUGGCUAUCACAGCGACAUCUCAGAUCUUGAAGCAGCCAUAGCUGCCCUGCAAUCAUCUCGUGCAUUGCCGCACGAUACCACUCCUCCGACACUGAGCCCUGUUCAUGGUAUUGAACUUGAAGAGUCCAAGUUGGGUGAUGUAUUUACGUUUGCAGAUGCAUCGGAGGAACACAUAAAAUCUGUCGAAGAAGCUGCUUCACUACUUAGUCUGGAUGAGCUCAAAGACUUGGCAAAAGAGGCCAAGAUCCAAGGGCGCAACAAAUCAGAACUCAUCAGUUCCCUCGUACGAAUGAGCAAGCAACAGGCUGGUUUGAUGUCGGUUGGUCUUAGCAGACAUAAUAGCCGUGACUCACCUUCUGAUGACCAGGAAAACAAAGACGCCAAAGCAAUAGUCAAGGCGAAACUUCGACGAGAAAAUUCGAAUCGGGAGCAGCACUUUCUGACCAAGAUACUGAGUAUCCUAGGCCCUUGUAUUAGAUCAUCGCCAUCGGUUUUUAAACUUUUUGAGCGUGUUCAUUUGGUGUUCUACAGGUCGACCGAAUGGACAGAGAAGUCUCUUACAACGAUUAUUCUUGCCAAAAUUGCACGGCGCCAUUUCCCUGAAUACAUCGUCUGCAGAACGUCCACGAUAUUUGCAUCGCGUCUACACCUCUUGGAAUAUGAAUCCGCUAUUCGCAUGGAAACGGAAGUCGACAAUCUGGAGUUCCACAGUCCGCCUGGAGAGGAAGGUCUCAGAAUGAUGAUUGAAAUUUUUGACAGAGUUUAUCCCCGAUGGAAAACAUUAGUUAAGGAAGAGCAGCAAAAAGAGCAGACAGUAUAUGAGAUGGGCGAAGGCGCCUACCUGAGACGAUUCACACCCGGUCAUUCUUACACAAGAAUCGUUCACAAAGCAGCACCAAUAUUCGCAAAGCUUAAGGAACAUCUCAAGGAAUAUCAACUGCUUACCGAGCUUCUCGACCAGCGAUUGUUCCAUCCAGCCAGGAGAGGCGGCUGGUAUCAGCGUAAAGCUUUGUUAGAGGAACACUAUAUGCCCACUUUGGACCCAGAUCCUAAAUUUAGAGACCCCGAACAACAAAAAAAGCACUGGAAGAAGAUAGCAGUAGCCACUUGCGAGGCUGGACUUCAGGACCCAGACUGUCAUCUCAUCUUUCAUUAUGAUCUACAAAAGCGACUGGUCAAGCUCGAAAAGAAACUGCGCAUUCCACGUCGCUUGCAGCAUGACUUUGGUCAUGUGAACCUGGCAAAGCCCAUUGAGCACACAAUUGAAGGAAUUCAGAUAAAAAAGGACAUUGUCGCCAAGCCCGGUCGCCAAGUAUCAACGAAGACGAUAUGGUUCGAUGAGCUGGACACAAAAGAGGAGUGCAAUGUUGAAGCAAUGUGCCUCAGUCAAUAUCGAUCAGAAGGGUGGAAGGGAUAUCACGCCGAGGGUGGGAUUAUACGCACGCUCUUUGCAUACCUCUUCUACGACAUUCUAUUCAUCUACAUCCCGAAUGUUUUCCAGACUGCCUAUCAAACAUGUCCACUGGAUCUGCAUACUGAUGCCUUUUAUCCAUCCAGAGCCUCCGAGAUUAAUCACAGACUCGUUGAGAUUGCGAAUGGAGAAGCGCCAAAAUUAUUGCGUGAGGUCUGGGAGAAGGAGCACGAGAAGAAAACGAGUGUGGUAGGAUUGAACUGGGAUUUUGAGGUUGAUGACCUCGUGGAGCUUGUUGAGUGCUUCGAGGGCAGCGCUCUUGCAGCGGUCUGCAAGGUGAUGGCACAGGAGUAUAGGCAGCGAGGCGGAGGUAUUCCGGAUCUCAUCUUGUGGCGUACCGCCGAUGCGCCGGAAGGACAAACCAAGGAACCUGGAAAAGCAAAGGGAGAGGUUAUGUUCUCUGAAGUCAAGAGCGCAAAUGACCGGCUCAGUGAUACCCAAAGGCUUUGGAUCCAUGUUCUUACAGGAGCCGGGGUCAAGGUCGCACUUUGCAACGCCGUAGCAAAGGAAGUGAGAGAGGUGGAAUAG